CACGGUGUGUGUGUGUGUUUCUCUGAUCCUCUUAGCAUUAAGGUAUUAACUCACUAACAGCAGGCAUUUGUGAGCAAACAUGGAGCUGGACAGCCUGAGGAGUCUGAGAGAGAAAUUCACACUUCGGCAUGCCAUCAUCAGAGAGUUUCUAGCGGAACUCCUCGGGACAUUUGUACUUAUACUUUUUGGCUGUGGCUCGGUGGCACAGGCUGUACUCAGCAGAGGAGCUCUGGGUGAACCGCUCACCAUCCACAUUGGCUUCACCACAGGAGUGAUGCUGGCUGUCUAUGUGUCAGGAGGCGUUUCAGGAGGACAUGUAAACCCAGCUGUAUCUCUAGCCAUGGCAGUCUUAGGGAAGUUUCCCAUUAAAAAAUUCCCUGUGUAUGUGGUUGCCCAGUUCCUUGGUGCUUUUGCAGGCUCUUGUGCUGUCUUUGGACUGUACUAUGAUGCCUUCAUGAACUACUCCAAUGGAGAGUUGCUGGUCACAGGUGAAAACUCCACUGCAAACAUCUUUGCCACCUAUCCAGCAAAGCAUCUCUCAGCCCUCAAUGGGUUUUUUGAUCAGGUGAUUGCCACUGCAGCUUUGGUGCUAUGUGUCCUGGCCAUCGUGGACAAGAAAAACAUAGGAGCACCUAAAGGAAUGGAGCCACUGCUCAUUGGUUUCACCAUCCUGGCCAUCUCAGUGGCCAUGGGUUUCAACUGCGGCUAUCCCAUCAACCCUGCCCGAGACUUGGGACCCCGGCUCUUUACUGCAGUGGCAGGCUGGGGGGUGGAGGUUUUCAGAGCCGGGGGCUGCUGGUGGUGGAUCCCAGUUGGUGGUCCGAUGGUGGGAGGUGUGCUGGGAGCAAUGAUCUACUACCUGCUGAUUGAGCUACACCACAUAGAGCCAGAGAAAAAGCAUGAGGAGAACAACACCGUUAAGGACAAAACGGAGAGUCUGAAAUUCUCUGCAGGCCUGGAGUAAAUGAGCGACCACUGACCUCUGAGAAGGCAUCAAAUGCUUUUCAAAAACAGCUGCAGUUAAGAGCUCAUCUGUUUUACAGAUUCUAUCAGACAUGAACUUGGAUCUCAAGUUCCCACAACCAAAAAAAAAAAAGACUUCAAAGAGCAGUGUCAAACCAUUACCAUGAGGCCAUAUAGUUAAAUAAUUUAAAUUAUUGUUGAGCUUAACAGUGUCCAAUUUGCACUCAAUGCCUGUAUUCUCAUUGAAACACUCUCCCUCUGGAUUCAUACGCCUGAAUGAUCCGAAUUCAAAUACUAAUUUGGAUACAUUUUAGUGAAGUUUGCUGUUCUCAGGGUAUUUCAAGACCAAUAACCUGUAACUAGAAUACUAGACAAACACCUUUUAGCCAAAAAUGAUUUGUAUUUUUUUACUAUGAAUUUUCAAAAGAACUCUAUAUGAACUCUAUAUGCAUCUCACAGUGGUUGGCAAUUCUUUACAUAUUGUUCUUGUGGAUAUAUUAACUUUUUUUACUUUUUUUUUUUAACCACAUAUGUUUUAAUGAUAUGGCAAUGAUCUUCUGAAAUUUCUUCUGAAAGCUUUGAAAUAAAUGACUGUUUCUGGUUGAACAAAAUUCUGACUCAUGGAAUGCAAUUUUACAAAGCCUAAUUGAAUAGCUAAUGGGUGUCUACUCAGCAUUUAGUCUGAAUAUUCACUGACACAAGAUGUCCCUUGUAGUAGAUGAAAAAUAUUUGGACCUGACUGACCCCAUUCA